AUGUACAUGGAGCAGUUGUGGAUGUUGUGCUUCUCACAAGACUUCCUCGAGUAUCAGGAGGAUGUGGAUACACUGCACUGGGCGGAGGGCACGCUGAUUGACACACUGUUCCUCAUUAAGAAGUCCAUGCAAAAGGGGAUUAUGCAGCUACGAGACAAACCAGACAACACGCAGAGGGCAUUGAAGCGAAUCAAGAUUCUCCACAAUUUACUGAACACACGAGACACUGUCUCAGAUGUUUUCAUCAAAACACUGGAGAAAAGAAUUGUGGAGGUACUUCAGGCGCAAGAGGCUGGACAAAAUAAAAGCUGGGUUGAAUCUCAAGCUACAUCUGACAAAUUUGUAGAACACGGAAGUUCAUUUCGGCAGAUGCUGUGGAUUCAGAUGGAGGACACCAUUGCUGCGGCCAUGGCUCAGAUUUUAGCGGUGUUGGAUGGAGAUAACAACCUGGACCAUAUUGCUGAUGGGCAGGCCUCUGACAGUGCUGUGGCUGACUUGUGGCUGAAAAUUUUCCAAGAAAAGGAACUCCUGAAAAUUCCAAAAUCCCAGGAGGCCAUAUCGGUAUUUUCCUCAAUCAAUGUUACCGACUUCUCAUACACUAGCAGAUUUCCAUUCAGUUUUGUUCUGAAACCAAGGUUUGAAAAGCUCUGGAAACAAGUUCAUGACCUCCAAGGGUUUUCAUCACUGCCUAAACUGCACCACAUUGAACAAUGUCAGGAGAUGAUUCACUUUCAGUGCAUAUAUGACAUUAAGAAAACACACACAUUGUUUGCGAAGUACGCCGAGGAUCUAGUAAACAUGUCAAUGCCGAGACACCCAGAAGUCAAUAAGCUCUUCUCAGAGGCCCUUGUGGAGCUGUGCCAACGCGUGUAUGCAGACUUGACUGAGGAUCAUCCCGAGAAUGUGUCCCUCAUCUGGCUCCAUGUCACAUACGAGUUCAUGCGUGACAAUCAUCAGAUUUACCAAAAGCUGUCUCAGCAGUACGGCAGCUUGUUAGCUACAGGGCAAGCCAAGGAGGCUACUCAGGCUAUCAAACUUAUACUAAAGGAACUUGAGCCCACUGAUGAGAAACUGAAGGGCUUUGAGAGCUGCCAGAAAUGGCUGAAGGACGUCAAAUCAGUAUCAACCGCUGUGGAGUUCAUUACCUCAGAGGAUUCAUUAAUUUGGCAGCAUGGAGAAAAUGGAAAAGCCCUGGUCAAAGACAUACAACUGCUGUGGCACAGUACACAGGUGGUGUACUUGCUCAUCGAUCACCUUUUCUACGAGGAGACUGAAAUAGAUGAAAAAUUGCUCAGCAUUGUUACAAAGAAUUGCAGAUUCCUUUGGAAGAGAUUGGAGGCUAAAAAGGAAACAGACAUAGAAAACACUUUUAAGUGGAUGACACAAGUGCUGAAGCAGUGCAACACGAAUGCCUGCAACAUCUACCUCGAUGGUAUAACACACUGUGAAUACUGCAAGCAAGAAUUUAAAGACCCAGCUGAAUUACAGUGUGGACACAUUUUCUGCAAGGCUUGUCUGGAAGAAGUAAAUGCCGAAAAGUGUCUCAAAUGUCAAAAAGAGAUAACUGAGCUCAACCCAUGUGACCCUGGGAAACGGGAGACCAUUGGAAAACUCAGCAGAUUCAGAAGGAAGUGCAACUCUUUCUUUGUGGAAUUUCUCUUGAAGUGCUGUGUUAACAGCAAACAUAAAAUGCCUGAUAUAAUAAUUAACAUGCUGUUGGAAUUUGUUAAAAGGAACACUUCAGCACAACAAGUCAAAGUUUGCAGAAGGACGACCGAACUGUCCCCGUUUCACGAGUGCAUGGAGCCGAGCCCUGCUGUACAGUCGCUGGUGCUGAAAAUCCUUCUGAGAUGCGGACUGGAGCAAAUGAAGCCUCACCUGCAGCGGUUUAUCGAAGAGGCCGUGAAAUCAAAUGAAAAAAAUAUUGACGAAUUCUACUUCAUGGUUGUUCGGAGUACAGAGGAUCAGAUUUACACCUCAGCCCAAGAAUCCCUGAUAACAAAGGCCACAGAAAGCCUUUGUUUUGACCAGGAUGUAUUUAAGCGCACAGCUUCAGAAGUGACAUAUGAAGAUCUGCACACCAUAGCCAAAAUAAGGUUUGGCAUCACAGUAGCGGCAAGUGUAAUUGAAGGUUUGGUGUCAAAAGAUGCAGAUUCACAUGGGUUGAACAAACAAGAUCUUCUACAGAUAUUGAAGGAAGUCGUACCAAGGAAUUUAUGGAUCCAGACGUUUUUGCUUCACAACCUGUACAAACUGAUUGGCUCCAGGAAUAUUCAACUCAUUCUUCAGACUGAAGACUUCAGAUGGGUUUUACCAAGUGACUUCAAAGAGAAAAAGGAGAAAUAUGCAGUGAAUUGUGAAAUGCUCAUGGUGUAUGGAGAAAUUUAUGAUAAGACCUCAUUUGGAAAUCCUAUCUCCAACACGAAAAAGGAUAUUGAUGAAAACCAGGAGACGCUCAUUCUGUGCACAACACUGAAGGCAGUAAAGCUACAUAUUUAUGGUGAUGAUUCACUGAUCUCUGGGAUUAAAAAGCACCGUGAAACAGAUGAGAAAUGGAAGGUAGCAGCGCAGAUCUGUGACAGAAUGAGUGAGGACCAUCUGAAAGGGGUGGCAGAGGAGCUGGCCCUUCAUGCUUCCAGCUUGGCUCACUUGGUGCUUCAUACUGCACUGGUGGCCCACCUGUCCUCCAAGCCUGAGAUGCACCUUCUCAGAGCUCUCUGCUUCCACCCAAGCAGUACUGAGAAUUGGUUCCUCCCCACGAUGCCUGAUCUGGUGCAUUAUACAGCGGAAUGGGAGGAAACGGCAAAAAGGGGAAAAGCUUGGAAAUGCAGCUGUGGUGAAAUAUUCCUCAUUGAAAAUGUAGGUGUAUCUCCUCCACAGUAAAUGUUCUUAUUUGUAUUUGAAUUUACAGUUUUAUAAUAUUCCAUAUAAAGAGUGCUUUCUUAGUUCAUAAUUUUUUUCAAUUUCUUCCAGUGUGGGAGACCGAAUGAAGUAGCCGAAUGUCCACGCUGUGGGAGUCCUGUUGGUGGGCUUCAGCAUAAAGCUGAGAAAGGUUUCACAGAGGUUACGGAGCAGGAUGAAAAGGGACACAUCCUAGGAGAUCCCAGUAAAAGGAGAUCACUGGAGGACUCCGAAAGGGGUUUGUCUGGUGCAGCCUUCAAUUUGGCAAGAGCCCUUAUACAUGCGUCCCUGCUGUGGGGGGCUACUGAGGACCCCGAGGCGGUUAAAGGUAUUGUGAAGAAUCCAGAGGGGCCUGUUGGGAAGCACCUCUUUGAUCACCUCCAGAAGGACAUCGAUCUGCUUGCUAAAGCCACUGCGAAAAAUGCUGAAGAGGCUGAAAUGACAGUUCACCUCUUCCUGAAGUACAUCAUGGAGAGCAGUUCUGAUGAUACUGGAAGCCGUAUCCUAACAGAAACGAGAGACAAAAGGAGCCAAUGGGAAGACAAUUUCUGGAAAACAACACAGAAAUUCUUUGUGAAUAUUGAUGAAAAACUAUCAGAUGCAUAUCUACAUAUUUACAUAUCUACAUAUCCACAAGUAUCUAAGCUGGAAGACUACCAAACGGCCAACAUUUUUACUCGACCUCAAAUGUGGAAAUUUGAGCAUAAACUCAGCAUUCAACUCCUGACUCAUCUAGUUGAACAGGACAAUGGCAAGAAAAACCACCCCAUCCUCCUGAAACUUCUCAAAAAGCAUGGCCAUAUACAGAAAAUACAAUAUUUGCCUCAGAUCCUGAAUUUACAACAAAAACUGGUCAGUUUCUUCCAAUACAAAGACUUACAAAAAUGGAGAGAAGUGUCCAUUGAAGAGUUCAUAAAGAGCCUGGAUGAAGAUGAAGCACCAGCCUUUUCAGAACAUGUCAGGAUCUUGCUGAAGAUCUGGGACUAUUUACAGGAGAGUCGUAAG